GUCAUCGACUUGGUAGUAUACGUGAAGAAGAGCUAGAAAAAAAAAUACACAAUGCUAUCAAAUCCAAAGCUGAAAUUAACAAGCUUAGAGAAAAAUUACAGAAUAAAUACAUAAAACAAAUAAAAGCUUUUGAUCAGGAAAGAAAGGG